AAAUAUCAUUUGGAGAGAGAGGAGUUGUGUCAUUUUCCCAACACAAUAGUAUCGUUCAGCUAUUUUAGUAUCAAUCUUUGUUGGACAAUUCAACAAUUUAGUAGCCCUGCGCUGCCGUGGUCCGUGGUGUCUCUGUACACUGGAAAGUCAUUAUCUGCACGGAAUUCUUUCGUUCCGUACGUCUCAAUUAGUAACGAUAUUCUUGUUUAGCUUUCUGUUGUACGUCGCAGUUCGUUGAGAUUAUUGAAAGACCAUAGACGUGUGGCCGAACUUUAAAAUGAAGAAAUCUACUGCGCUGUUUUUUAUUUGUUCCCUAGUUUUGAUAUCAGGAUUCAAUGCUCAAGUUACUUCUAAGCCUGACCCUACUGCAAGCCCUAUUGAAGUCAAAACAACCACUACUUCUAUUCAUGACAAAACAACUACUAUCAUAAGCACUACAUCUAUUAAAACAACCAUUAGCACUACAGAAAAUCCAAAGACUACUUCUAACCCAACUACUGCUUCUGUAAGUACAAGUACUAGUGCUCCCGCAACAACUCCAGUACCAGAUCCUCAAGCAGCGAAAUGGAGUAUAAGUGACAAAGACAAUGUCAUCAUUGUUAACAUGGCUGUACAACUGAGUAUCACCUACAAUGUUAAAAAUGAUGAGAAAGUAAAGAACAAAACUGUAUUGAUAGAUAUUCCAUCAAAUAACCAAACAAUAGCUAGUGGCAAUUUCUCUUCAAAUCUUCAAACAAUUAUACUUUCAUGGAAGUCUUCUGGUGCUGGAAAUAAUAGUUUCAGCCUUACUUUCAAAAAAAGUAAUGUAUCUAAAACUUAUUGGCUUAGCCAAUUAGAAGUUCAAGUUCAAGCUGAAGAUCUACCUGGUGUUGAUCCAAGUGUAACAUUGAAAGUUUUCCAUAAUCAAGAGCAUUUCAAUACUAGCCUUGGAAACUCUUAUCAAUGCAACAAACUGCAACCCUUCAGUUUAAUGAAAGAAAAUGAUACUCAAAUUAUCGGUUAUGUUAAUAUUACAGACAUCAAAUUUCAAGCUUUCAAAACAGGUCAUGACACAUCAUUUGAUCAUGCUGAAGUCUGUGCAUUUGACACCCCUGAUAUUGUGCCAAUAGCUGUAGGUUGUAUUUUAGCAGGUUUGGUUGUUACAAUUUUGGUUGGAUAUCUCAUUACUCGGCGACGUAGCCAAGCCAGGGGUUACCUCAGUAUGUAAACAGGAACAUUCUUAGAUUUUUUUAAUGAAAUUCAUAUGAAUUCUGUAUCCAAAAAUCGUUUAUUUUAUACUCCACUAAACUCAUAUUUAUGUUUCAUUAAAACUUAAUUUCCUACUGCGGAGUCAUCUUGUCUUGUAUAAUUAACCAUUCAUUAAAACAAUAGUCACACAAUUUAUAAAUGAUUAAUUAUACCCAGACAAAGUUAAAACUGUAAGUUUUGUAUUUCCCUAGGGAUACUAAAAAGUAAAGAAAUGUAUUAUAUCCACCAAAAAUUAUAUCUUCAAUCAAAUUCAAUACUGGUAAAAUUUUUUCCUAUUUGUAAGGAUGCAUUUCAAAAAUCAUCUCUAGUGUGGUUUAAGAGACCUGCUUUAAUAUUUCUAUAGUGAAGGAGCACGAAUGUCAAUAUGUGGCAUUCCAAAAAAUUAAGGCUUUUUUUCUUGAUUCAA